GCCGGAGCCGGACUACAGAGUUUACAGCUACAGUCUAUACAACUCUAGAGUCUAGGGUUCCAUAAGGUUCCAUGAACCAUGAGUAUGACUUUGAGUCUGAGUCUACGUGAACGUGAACUACGUCUUUACGAUAGACUUUCACACCCAUUGCAAAACAUGGCAACGUGCAAUAUCCGUCACCGUUGUUUGUUUUCGUAUUAAAGGUGGAAGGCAACAACUUUAUGUCUGCUUGCGUUAAAUGUUUUCACAAAAUUGGCAGUCCGUUUUAUUACGUUCAAUCCCUUAUUUAUUUUCUUUGGCAUUUCAAUAACCUAACAAACAAUUUUUUAGAUUUAGUAGUUAAAACGUACUUCACAAAUGUCUUGGCCAAACAGCUUAAAGACAGUAUUUGUGAUUGAUCACGGCCCGGUCAUGGCACGUCCUUCUGAUUUACCCAUUGAAUUAGAUGUUUUCAACAAACCAAGAGGUCAUGGGCCAGGAGCAUUCAUACCUGUCACACCUGUGUGCAAAUCUCUAUGGACAUGCGCAGCAGAAGCAUCAUUCGAGUAUUGCAGAAUUGUAUGGGAUAUUUACCCUACAGGUAGACUUAUCAGAUUCAUGAUCUGUGAUACAAAAGUGAAUCCAGUUGGAUCAUGGGGAACAAACCAACAAAAUCUCACCAGUAUUACCUAUCACUUUGCUCAACUUGGUGUCCCUGUGUCUGAUUCUAGACUUGGAGAUUCUUCAAUUAUGCAUGGCCUUACGGCAGCUCUUGAAUCACUAACUGAAUGUUCCGAUGCCCAGCUAGAAAAAUUAAAAUCACCUGGGAAUAAAUCAAAGGUUCAUAACAGGGGACGGGUCAUUUGCAUUAGCUCUUUCAGAGAAGAUGGGUAUGUUAGAAGUUUAGAGUCCUUCUUUCAAGAAACCAUUGUUCAGAUUAACCAGAGAAAUUUUCCUCCAACACACAUGCCAAUUCAUCACUGUGAUUUUGUGGUAGUGAAUAUUUACCCAAAUCCUCCUACACUAACUCUCAAAGAGCACCCGCGUCUAGAAUUAUCUCCCCUUUUAAGCUGCGAGCUUAUUUCAGUGUGUGCAAGCCGAUGGCUUGCAAGUCGCCUUGUGAGUCUCGUGCUCCAGCACUAUGAAUUGGCGUCAACCACUGUCACUGGCAUUCCAAUGAAAGAGGAGCAAAAUGCCUCGUCUUCAGCUAAUUAUGACGUCGAGAUCUUUCAUCCGGUAGCAGCACAUGCUGAUAUUUUAAAAUUAAAGAAUGAAAGUGCACUUUUCCUUAUGAAAGAGGGUUACGGUUACAAAACCGUCACUCUUAAAUGGUGCACGCCACGAGCAACAUCCAACAGUGUCGAAAUGUGGCCGUGCAGCUCAGCCUAUCGCAUAUCUCCUGUCGAUGUUACCAGCCGCCCAUCUUCUUGUCUGACCAAUUUUCUACUUGGGGGACGAUCUGUCAUGUUAGAGUUACCGAGAAGUGGCACUGGUGGACGGACAACAUCGCAUAUGCUCGCGGCCCAUGGAGGGGAAAUAUUUCUGCAUUCUUUGCUAAUCGGUCGAAGCGUAAUAGAAGACCCUCCUAGCAUUAGCGAAGGCUCUGGGGGAAGGGUGACAGAUUAUAGAAUCCCUGAUUUUGGGGAGUUGAUGAAAGAAAACAAAUUGGUACCUUAUCUUCUUUCGGAACCUUUUGGACCUACACUACCCAUAGAACGAGCAUCAAAUCGGAUGGAACGUUGGACUCAGUAUUGGCCAAUGACCAUCAGCUCUACGAUCGUAUUUAAUAUGGGUGUCCAUAUGGAAACUUUAACAAAAAUUAUAGUCAACGAAGAACUUACAGACGACCAGGUCAUCGAGUGCAAAAAGGUUAUAUAUAAUCUGUUGGCUCUGGAAUCAAGGAACGAGCCAUUGCCUCCUACGUGCUCGGGUCAUCGCGAUCGAGGUGCUAAAGGCAAUCGCAGGGAGGAGCAAUAUCGCAUACUUUUCAAGGAAUGCGAGAUCAUGCUUCGGCAUCACUGUAGAAGUGAACAGCACCGCCGUGUAUUGGCUUGCUUACUGGAAUGUAGAAGCAAAGGAACCGCACCUAAUCCUUUGCUUGUCCCUUCAUCAACGAAAGAAUCCGCCCAAGAAACAAAUUCUGCAAGGUCGUCCAUUCCAGACACACCUCUUUCGCCUGUAGCUAUGCCAGCAGCUAAAGCCCCACGACUAGACGUGAGGUCAUCUAUAGCAGGUAAGAGUUUGUUGGAAGUAUGGAAUUCCAGUGUAUCGGCGGAGGUCUCAAAAAAACAACGGGAGUUUGUUGGCCGUAUCAAAGCUGGUGGACAAGGACCAGUAAAGCUUUAUGGUCAUCUUGAUAAAGAACAUGAAACAUGAGACUAGACAUGUAGAAAAUUGGUUUUAAGAUGUCCUACCCAUAUAUACUUGCAGUAAAACUAUUAAAGUACAAUAGGGUAUAUAUCAGUAUUUGUUGUGACUGGCUGAAGUGGUCUGUGCCAAUACUUUGCUGUUUCUUGAUUAAAAUUGUGUCCAGAAAACUCA